CAUACCAUUGACUCUUGUCCCCAUUGUAUUCCCAUUUCACUCUGUCCCAAACUCUGCCUUCUCUCUCUCUGUUCUGCCCUGUUUUUUUUUCUUCCAAUAUAAUUUUAAAUUAUAUAUACCGUCAGUAAUUCAUAAGAGAGACAUUUUCCUACUUGGACUAAGAAUUCCACAUAGUUGUGUAAACAUGGAAUUAGAUGAAUUCCGUUUAAUGUUGGAGAAUUCAAGUGUGGACUUGUGGACAUUUAUUGACACAGCCAUUUCUGUAGCCAUUCGUGAUCAUGAAAACGAGCUUCUCAGCCGAAGAGACGCCAUUGUUGAGAAGCUCAAUGCUCCGCUUUUGUGUAAGAAUUGUAAUUCUGCUGGCAAUUAUGAAGAUUUAGAGACCAAAAUCAUCAGAAUCAAGAAGCUUUUGGAAUACCCAAAUCAGUCUGAGAAUUGCUUGGUUGAACUGCUCCAAACUCUUGCUGAAAUGGACAUUAGUUUCAAGGUUCUUGAGAUAACAGAUGUUGGAAGACAUGUAAAUAGACUGCGGAAGCAUUCAUCAAAUGAAGUAAGAAGACUCGUUAAACUACUUAUCAGGAGGCGGAAGGAUAUUGUUGACGAAUGGGUGAGACUGAAUACUCCACCAGAAGAAACAGGUGAUGCUGACUCUCCUUUUCAACCCCACUUGAACAACAACUUUGAAGAGAGAGCUCCUCUUUAUGGGAUUUCUCCAAAUGGUUCGUCAUCUUAUUGCGCUCGCAAGGUAUUUAGCUAGCAUUAUUUCCAUUUUGCACCCUCGACACAUUAUUUCUGAAGAAUAAAUAUAAAGAUAGUUCAAGAGUGAAAUAUUGGAUAUUUAUAUUGUCAGCGUAAGAAAAUUUGUACAGUACUUUCUCCAUCUCGAAUUAUUUGUCAUGUUUCUCUUUUAUACGCCCCUUGAGAAUAUGUUAAA